AUGGCAAAGAAAAUCUUGAUGUCGGUAAGUAUGAGGUGCCAAAAAUGCCGUUCAGAAGCUCUCAAGAUCGGAGCUAAAAGCACUGGAGUGACAUUUGUGGGAUUAGAAGGAGAAGAGAAAGACAAAGUGGUGGUGAUCGGAGAAGGGGUGGAUGCCGCCGGUUUGGCUCUCCGGCUUCGCAAGAAAGUUGGUUUUACUGAUAUUAUUAGCGUCACUGAUGUUGACACUUCUAAGAAUUAA